CGUCUUCGGUACUCGCGCGCGCCAGCUCACUCGCUCCAGAUCUCCCCCCUCCCCUCCCCUCCCAGAUCUCCCCACACCCCCACGUCCCCGCCGAAACCCCAGCUCGUGCCCCUCUGCCGCGUCGGUCGGGCCGCGCCGCCAUGGGCAUCGUGUUCACGCGGCUCUUCUCUUCGGUGUUCGGGAACCGCGAGGCCCGCAUCCUCGUCCUCGGCCUCGACAAUGCCGGCAAGACGACCAUCCUCUAUCGGCUGCAGAUGGGGGAGGUCGUCUCCACGAUACCAACUAUUGGGUUCAACGUGGAGACCGUGCAGUACAACAAUAUCAAGUUCCAGGUCUGGGAUCUCGGUGGUCAAACAAGCAUCAGGCCAUACUGGAGAUGCUACUUUCCAAACACCCAGGCCAUCAUAUAUGUUGUUGAUUCAAGUGAUACUGAUAGGCUGGUGACUGCAAAAGAAGAAUUUCAUUCCAUCCUUGAGGAGGAUGAGCUGAAAGGUGCGGUUGUCCUUGUAUAUGCGAAUAAACAGGACCUUCCAGGUGCACUUGAUGAUGCUGCCAUAACGGAAUCAUUAGAACUUCACAAGAUAAAGAGCCGCCAAUGGGCAAUUUUCAAAACAUCUGCCAUAAAAGGGGAGGGACUUUUUGAAGGCUUGGACUGGCUCAGUAAUGCACUGAAAUCUGGAAGCAGCUAAUAUAGGAGACUCUCCACUCCAUGAAUCAUUGCUUUGAUGGUAAACAGAGACGGUGCCCUCACUAGGCUGCGCGAAAAUCACAUUCUCUUUAUUUUUAACUCCGGAAGUUUUAUACCAUCAGUUAUCUGUAAAGUGCUUGUUGAAGUUUCCGGAUACAACACUAGAUGUCCCUUCAUAUCGAGAUCAAGAAUAGAUUUGUAGAAAAUACAGAGCAAACUGCUGGGACUCGAAAUGUGUGGCAUUAACCGUAAAUCUUGUCGAGUGACAUUUUCUUUUCUCAUGAUUGAACGCACCCAGUUUCUCUCUGUGGCGCCAUCUUGUACUCUGAACAAGGGAAGCGUCAUUGUACAACUUUCUUGUUACUAAUGGCUGGGAACCCGAUCA